AUCGGAACCUGAAGGCAUCCGGAUUCCGGUGUGCUGACGGGCUAGCGGGAAUCUGCUAUUUGUGGUCUCUUCUGUCCAUACUCCAUAGGAAUGUCAGAUCGCCCUUUGCUCAGCACAGACAAUAGUUCCCACUACGGUGCCUCUGACAGAAGCAGUGAUAGUCCGGUACUUUCUGAAUACGAUGAACAGAACAGACAGACAGUGGAGACGAGGCUCCUCCGCAAGUUAGACCUUCGAUUUGCCUUCCUGAUUCUGAUGUACAUCAUGAGCUGCAUGGACCGUACUAAUGCAGCUGCAGCAAGGUUGCGUGGUUUUGAGGAGGACCUUGGUAUGACGGGGAAUCAGUUUAACACACUCAUGAGCAUCUUUUACGUGGGGUAUUUGUUGACACAAACUCCUUCCAACAUGUUCUUAGUUCGCAUGACAAGGCCAUCGCUAUACCUCUCAAACUGCAUGGCAAUAUGUGGUGCUAUCACCCUGUUUAUCGGCGUAGCACAAACGUAUCAUGACAUUCUUAUCUUGCGCUUCAUGGUUGGAGUUGUUGAGGCGGCAUUCUUUCCUGGAGCUAUCUUCCUUCUUUCACGAUGGUACAAGCGAAAUGAACUGGGGUACCGCACAGCACUUCUGGCUUGCGGUAGCCCAAUUAGUAAUGCUUUCAGUGCUCUUACAGCGUCGGGAAUUUUGGCAAGUCUAGAUGGUACAUUAGGUUUUGCGGGUUGGAGGUGGCUCUUCUUUGUGGAAGGAAUUUUGACAGUUGUGGUUGCAGUGUCUGCAAUAUGGAUUUUGCCAGACUUUCCGUCAUCGUCGAGUGUUUGGCUUUUACCUGAUGAACGGGUCCUGGCCAGACUACGGAUGGAGGAGGAAGUUACGGUCAGGAAUGAGCACAAAGGCACGCCCGUGGAGGGUUGGUCUGGCCUUAUUGAUGCACUUACAGAUUGGAGAGUAUGGUGGCUCGGUGCUGCUCUUAUUCUGAUGGAGGCUUCUUUAUCUUUCCGCAUUUUUUUUCCGACACUAUCUGCUACAAUGGGUUACAACUCGACUAUCACCCUCUUGCUCUGUGCACCUCCGUGGAUUUUGGGAACUGCAACAUUGUUUCUUGUGGCUAGGCACUCCGAUGCUACCGGCGAUCGCUUCUGGCAUACCGCUGGUCCUCUAUUUGUCGCCAUCGUUGGGUUCAUGGUCGCAAUUUCUACUAUGAAUGCGGCCGUUCGAUAUCUGUCUCUAUUCUUUAUGGCUCAGGCCCCAGUUGCACAUAUUGUGUCUUUGACCUGGGUCAUGAACACAUUUUCCCAAUCACGGUCGAAAUGCGCUGUGGCCAUCGCAUUAAUCAAUGCUAUGUCAUCACUUGGUUAUAUCGGUUCAUCGUACUUUUGGCCGUCCCGUUGGGGGCCUUCAUACGCGAACUCAUGUGGCAUAUGCAUCUUGACAACCACCAUGUGUAUUGGGAUGCUUUGGGUAUUCAGGAGGCACCUUUCACGGUGCAACGAAGCUGCUGAGGCCGAAGAGCAGGCUCUAGGGCUGCGUAAAGGCUUCAGAUAUUUCUUAUAGCACUCGUUGAUCAAGGUGGUGGUGUUUGAUUAAGAUUUUAAAGCUGUAGUAGUGGGUUGAAUGUAAACCACGUAGUGGAGAAUAUCUCAUCUUGUAUUUGAAUAAA